UGUCUCUCAAUCAACAACUGCCACUGAUGAAGUGUCCACCAUGGUUAAAAAUGCGCUCUUAUUUCGAAUCUUUCCUUCAGCAUCUGAGAUGGUUCCAUAUCAAGAAGAUCUAAAAGAUACAUCUGGAGUUAAUUUCAAUGAAGUUGCUUCAAAGCUAAUCAGCGAUAUCCGGAAGAAAAUUUCAAAACAUGAAAUUCGAUUUUCCAAAGAUGCAGAAGAACCACAAUAUAUUUAUUCAGAGGAUGAUGUCCAAAAUCUGGUUGACUAUGUUUUCAAAAACAUCUUGCAAAAUUCUGGCUCUCGAGAAGCAAUUGAACAAGAGAUAACAAGCAGUAACAAUGCUUUCAUUAAUCGAGUAGCUGGUUUUAUCAUUAGAAAUAUUUGUCAGCAACACCUUCAGCCAUUUGUGUCUGGAAAGACAUUUCCUCCACUCCAAAUAUACCAUGUUGGUGGGCGAAGGCAGUUGUUACAGUUUUAUGCUGGUGUUUAUUCCUCAACAUUUUUGGAAGAAGUAGUCUCUGGAAUUUUAUCCAAAAUCUUUUACAAGGUAAUGGGUAUUGCACAUGCCAAAAUAGGAAGAGAACCUGAAAGUGAACUGGAGGAGACAGCUAUUCGACUCAUAAAUUCAGUAUCAGAGGAGUUUGAAAAAGCAGAAGUAAGCAUUCUAGAAAAUGCUGAAGAGGAAUUAGGUUUACCACAAGUAGAUAGGAAUAUCAUCAUUAAGAUAAUUGACACAGCUUACAACAAAGUUUUGCAAGAAUAUGACUUAGACCGAGCACUUGAUAAAGAUUUUUUUAAUGACACAAAGACUUUGGCAGAAAGGAUAACCAAAAUCAUUCUGGCAGAAAUCUUUGAUUUUCAGCUCCAACCAGAUUUGGUCGCAAGGCUACCAUUCAGAUCUCUGUCAAAUCUCAAUGUUGAUGUUUUGCUUAAGAAAGUUCAGUCUGAAAUUAACCAACCAAAACCUCAGAGACAGACUUCAACAAUAUAUACAACUAUGUUAUCACAUACUCAUUUGGAAAAGAUAGUCACCCAGCUUUUAUCACAGAUGUCCUCAGACUCCAGAGCAGAAGAUUCAGUUACUUCAAAGCCUGAUUUAAGUAAAACUGUUGUGAAAUUGAUCAAUGAAAUCAUGACCAUCAUAUCCAAACAUGCCAUCUGGAUUACAAAGCAUGGAAAUGAAAAACAAAGUAUGAUUUCAGAAACAGAUAUUGAGAAUAUGGUAGAAUCCAUUUAUGCUGACAUUUCAUGUUCAAAUCUCUACCAGUCUCUUACAAAAGAUAAAAAAGACAUAAAUAAUAUACCUGUUUCCAAAAUAGCAAGUUUCAUAAUCAAAGAAAUUUUUAACCAUCAUCUUCAGUCAUUUUUAUCUCAAGAGCAAACCCUUUCUCAAUCUACAGCUGACUUAACUAGGAAACAGACUGACAAAGAUGUAGAAAUUGACCCAAAAGAAUUGGCUUUCAUCGUUAACUCAGCUAUAUUUUUGGAGGAAGUAAUUUCUGAGCUUUUAUGCAAAAUCCUUUAUGCAUUCUCACAUAAUUUCAUCUCAUCUGAGGAUCCAAAGUCUAAAACCAAAGUUACUGACAUUAUUACAAAAUUAGUCCAAUCAAUUGUGCUUGAGUUUGCAGCAUCUCAAAUUUUGGUUGCUGAAAAUUUUGAUGAAAAUCUGUGUUUUUCUGAAGGGUAUAAAGAAAUUGUUAGUAAGAUAGUCAACUUAAUUUAUGAAAAAAUAACAGAUGAUUAUAAAUCUCUGGAUCUCAUUUAUGCAGACAUAGAACAUGACACUAAUACUUUUGGAAGGAAAAUAUAUAAUUUACUUUUGGGAGAAAUUUAUGAUUAUCAAGUACAGGGAUUAAUUUCUGGAACAUUAUCUUUGUCUACUUAUUCUUCACUUAGAACUGAGAACAUUAUUCGAAAUGUACUAAAUGUUAUUGGCAAAGAAAGCCAUUAUUUGCCAUCUUUCAUUACUGUAUUACCUCGCUGUCUUUUGGAAGAUAUGGUUUCCAAACUUUUAGGUCACAUUUUUCCUUCAUCUGAAACUAGAGUUCAAAUAAAAGAACAAGAGGCACCACCCGAUGAUGAUUUUAUGUCUGCAGCAUCGAGACUGACUGAUGCUAUUAUAGCUGAAAUUUCUGAACAUGAAAUUAGACUGACCACUGCAGAGGAGAAUGCCUCACAUAUGAAUCUGGAAACUAUUGAAAGCAUAGUUGACUCAAUUUGCAAAAAUAUUUUGGAGAAAGCUGAAUUCCAAGCUGAAGUCCAGAAAGAGGAGAGUGAGAAGGGAGGCACGUUCCUCACCAAAAUAGCUGUCUUCAUUAUGAAGGAAAUUGUAGAUCAUCAUCUCCAGCCAUUCUUACACGAAGAUGACUCUGAUUCUGGUGAAGCAUCUGAUAAAGAGUCUGUUGCUGAUGUUCUUGAGCAAGAAAAAGAAAGACUGAGCACACCCCAGCCUUCCCUUUACUCAGCAACAUUUUUAGAAGAUGUUAUUUUUGAUCUUGUUAGAAAAUUGUACCCUAUCCCAAAAACUCCUGAGUAUGAUGAAGAUGAAAGUACGAAAGAGACCAACCUUGUGGGCAUGGCUAUCAAAUUAGUAAAUUCUCUAAUAGGUGAAUUUCGAAAAAGUGAUAUUAAGGUUCUCCCCAAUGCUGAAGAAUUGUUUUCUUUUCCACCAGUAGAUAAAGAAACUAUUGAUAAAGUGUCUGAUUCUGUGUAUGAUGAGGUUGUUAAAAAAUAUAGAUCUGAGGAUGUUCAUCAUGAUGAGGAAGAAAGCAACAUUUAUAUUGAAAUGAUAACCAACUUAGCAAAGAAGGCAAUCUCGGCUUUCAAGGUUAAGCCCCUUUUUUCUGGAGACUGGUUUUCCCCUUUCUUUUCAUUUCUAGAACCAGAUAACAUCACUCAAAGAGUCCAGUUUCUGCCACCAAAGAUCCCAUUUGAUAAAGACAUAAGGGAUGCUCCUAUCAAAGAUUUUUCACUGAAAGAUUCCCUUGUAGUUGUAAAUCUAGCUAGAAAUAUAAAAGAUGAAACAGAUCUGGGCACAAUAAGUGAAAAGAAGGGUGAAGAGAAGUUUAAAACUAUAUCUAGAAACGAUGACCAGGAUUCAGUGUUCAUUUCUCUAGCUAACACUAUGAAAACUAAAAUGUGUGCCCUGGAAUCUGCAGAUUGGGAUCUAACUGACAAAAAGGAAAGUGAGAAAAAGACAAGUGAGAGCCCAAUUAGAAAAGAUAAAGACAAGGAUUCAAUACAAUUAAUUUCUGUAGCCACCAGUACUAGAAGUAGUAUAAAAAGUCACCAGGACCAUGGUUGGAAAACAUCAGAUAAAAGGAAUGAUGAGAGUUCAGCCAAAGAAGACAAAGUGGAUGAGUAUAAGGAAGAGUCAGUAAAAGUCUUUGCACUUAUGAAAAGCAAGAUCCCAGAACCAGAUUUCAAGAGAACACCUAAAAGCAGUGUAAAGAAGAAAGAGCACCAUUUGGCUGCUGAAAACAAUGAUAAACCAAUACAAUACAUUUCUCCAGUAAAAAGUAAGAAAACAUCAGAACCAGUUUUAAAAUUAUCAAGUAGUAAGAACAAGAGAGAGAGGUGUGUUCAAACAGAUACUGAAGAUGACUCAAAAGUGUCUUUUGAAAAUGUGAUUGAGAAUAUUUACAGUAAUGUUUUGGAAAUGUCUACUCAGACAUCUCUAGAUGAUACCAGGUAUGCCAAUGUCAUUCCUGCCCAAACAGCACACGCUGAGAAUCUUGGCCAGCCUUCACCAGUGACUUCAUUGCACCUGGUUCACAAGGAUGUUCCUGACAAAGGCAAAGAGGUGAAGAAACACCUUCCUGAUAAUGCCAAAACAUCAUCCUAUUCACCUGAAAUGAGAUUGAGUAUUUUUUCAGCUAGAUUUUUAGAAGAUGUUGUCAUUGAGAUUGUAAACAAACUGAUCUUUUCUUCUUCACCAGAAACUUGUGAAGAGUGUAAAAAAAUUCAGGAUGAUGUAAAUCAGACUGAGCUAUAUGAAACAGCAAUGAAACUGAUUGAUUCCUUGUUAAAAGAGUUUUCUGAAGCCCAAAUUAGAGUAUUUAGACCCACUGAGGAAAAGCAACCUUUGCCUCAGGAACCUAAAGUACUGAUUGAAGAGAAAGUGCCAGACAAGCAUAGUUCUGUUACACGGGAAGGACUAACUCUCCAGAGAACACCCUCACCGCCUAAAAUACCACCUGUGCCCCCCAAAAUCUUGGUUGAUAGGGAAUCGUGUACAGAUACACAACGCUACAUUGAUUAUAUGCCACCAGUGAAUAAAACAUUGGUCAGUAAGGUUGUGCACUCCUCCCUCUGUAAUGUUCUGCAUGAAUAUAGAUCUCAAGACUCAAUUUACAAAGACAUCAAUGAUAAUGAUAAGUUAGCCAAAAGAUUAGCUGGUGCUGUAAUAGAAGAAAUGUUUCAGCAUCAGCUCAACCUACUACUACAGGAUGAAUUGCCCUCUGAAGUGUGCGUACCUCUGGAAUCCAAGGAUGUUGUUACAAAAGUACAAAAAGUCGCCAAAAAACACACCAAAAAAUGUCAGACUUCCUCACCAUAUACCAUCGUGCUGCCUCAUGAAUUUUUGGAAGAGAUGAUUUCAUCUCUUCUAGCCAAAAUUUUCCCAUCAGGAACCAAAAAAAGUCUAGAUUCAGAAGUAGAAGGCGACAGUCUUUUUACCGAACUGAACUUCCUUCAAAUGAAAUUAGUCAGCAGGGUUAUGACAGAAAUUUCAAAAGACGAAGAUAUGAUAAUACAAUAUGUUGAGUGCUUACACCCCAAUGAUUAUGAAGUAAUUCAGGUAGUGGUACAGUCUGUUUACAGUAAUCUUUUGCCACAGUUUGGCUCUCAAGAGGUCAUACAGAACUGUGCAACAAGCGGAUGCAGAAUGCUUUCUGAAAGCAUAGCUGACCUAGUUAUACGAGAGGUUGCUGGCAAUCAGCUGCAGACAUACUUUUCUGGAGAAUUAACACCCCACCAAUGUGCCAAAGUUGACAGUGUUGUUGAAAAUAUUCUUAAAGAUACCUCCCAGAGCCCUGUAGGUCUUCCAACUAAACAAACCUAUGAUCAUAAAUUACCUUUGAACAUCCUAGAAGAAAUUGCAGUACAGUUUUUAUCCCGACUUUUGUCUGUGUUCCCCAUGAUAGAGAGGGAAAGAACUAAGUCUUUGGAGGCUGAAUUGGAAAAAAUCACCAACAAAAUAAUAACAUCACUGAAAGAGUUCAUAUCAGAAAGUCCAAUUAAAGUUGUACAACAGGCUAACGAACCUCCCACAUUGGCUAAAGAAGAUAACCAGGCUAUUGAAAAAGUAGUUGAUAAUGUUUAUGGUAGUGUUUUAAAACACUCUGGCUCUCACAUUUCUAUGUAUAAAGAUUUAGUAGGGAAGAGCAAUGUUCUAGCUGAUAUAAUAGCCUUCUUAAUGGUCAAAGAAAUUUCCAACCCUGAAUUUCAGCCUUCUUGUGAGGAAGAGACAUCAGGUCCUCAGUUGGCACUAGAAGCUGUCAAAAUUAUGGAGAAAGUUCUUAAAAUUCUUGAUGACAUUAAGUCACAGGAGAAACCUUCAGCCCCCAAAAUUCCAGUGUUGGAUGCCUCCUUUUUGGAAGAAACAUUGGCAUUAUUCCUAGCAAAAAUAGUCAAGUUGCCCUGUGUUGCAACCAAAGAGGCAAAAAGCUUAUCCAAACCUGAACUGAAUAAAAUUGCAUCUCAACUCACAAAAUCAGUAGCUGCUGAAAUUUCCAAAAGUAGUAUUAAUCUUGUGGCUGCUGACUCUGAAGUGUACUUUAUGAACCCAGAAAAUAUUGAAAUGAUUUCUCAGGUUGUUGAUUCUGUUUAUAGUAAUGUUUUGCGACAGUCUGGAACCCAAGAGGAAUUCUUUCAUGAUAUAAAAAGUAUGAACAGAUUUUUCCCCAAAAAAGUAGCUAGCUUAAUAAUCAGUGAGAUUUCUCAUUGUCCCUCAGAAUCUGUUAGCUCCCGUAGUUCAGCCACUGAUGUCGUCAAUGAUCUGGAUGUUGACCGAAUUGUUAAAAAAGCCAGUGAUCAUGCCACAAAAAUGGGCUCUGUGCUAUUAAGAGAAGAUGAUUUUGGGGGGGAUGACCUGCCAAUUAAAAUUGUUCCUCACCUUGGAAAUAAGCCGAUUAGAAUAGAUCCAGCCAUUGUUUCUCAACACUUGGCAGUAAUUUCACUCAAAACUCAACCACUGGAGAAACUGAAGAAGCAGUGUUUGUCAAGAACUGGACAUAGUCUGGCAGAGCUAAGAAGAGCUUCAAUAAGUGGGAGGACCUACUCAUCAGAAAUAGUUGACAUAGAAUCAAGGAAAAAGGAAAGACGGAUCUCUUUGGAUAAAACAGGACGGUUGGAUGUAAAGCCCUUUGAGGUCGUUUGCAGGAACUCAUUUCAGAAUCUAAGAAAGCCUGAUAUCACCAGGGUGGAACUCUUAAAAGAUGUCCAGAGCAAAAAGGACCUUAUUAUUCGUCUAGUUGCCCAUGAUAUUGAUGAAGACAGAGAUAAUAGGGGGGAUGGUGGCUUAAUCUCUGACGAGGAAGAAUCUGAUUUCAGAGAAGUUGUUUUAAAAGAAGAGUGUGCCCUUGGGCUAAUGGAUAUGUCUAUGAAGGAUGAGGAAGAAGAGAAAGUCCCAGAAAGUAAAGUCAGUUUACCCAAGUCUUCACUGAGCUCCAGUAGCCUGAAAAAACUAUUGCCCAUAAGCAAGUGUUGUCAAGCUACUUCUACUACCACACCAGAAAAGAUUGAAACCUCUCCAAGUCAAAUCAAGGAAGCAGAAGUCCAAAAAGUGCCAGACGAGCCAGAGAAGCCAAAUGAGCUGGAAGUGCUAGAAAUCCCAGAAGUGGUAUUGCAGAAAGUGAGGUGCUUACCCAGGAAGCAUCCUUGUCAAAGAGCGUCUUCUGACUUAGAAGAAAAGCCACAGUCCUCCCAAGAAGAAGCGAAAACCAUUGUUGCAGAGCCUUCACAUUAUCUGAUACACAGAACUAUGAGCUCAUGCUCAUACAACCAAGAGAUGCUUUCCAAAGGUUUUGAGGACGUGUGACGGUUCAGCAGUUGCCUCUCCGCAGCCAGUCGUCUUUACUCCAGAGACAGCACAGGGUCGGGCAAGAAAACAACUGACGUGUAUCUGGAAGAGGCCGAGACACUAGAGGAAACAAGCAGCCUUCAGGAACUCCUAGGGCCCAAGUUUCCAAACGGUCUUCCAAAGUGCUUAAGAAGGUGUUUUCAGCUCUGUCAAGGUUGUUCUCUCGAUCAAGCACCACUACUGACAUUGCAUCAAUAUCAACUAAACAGAAGGACAAGCCUUUAAAAUGCUUUA